AUGCGAAACACAGCUUCCCCGAAAGACUUCGAGAUACAUGUGGACCCUUCAUGUUUGUCGGAUGAUCCCAGCCAGCCCGAAAAUACGAUGGGAGAUGCUAUAAAGGGGGACCCUGCGAUCCAGGAAGGCGAGAUGUCGCCCGAAAGCGUCCCGAGUAACCAGACGGUGGUGCACCAUGACUCUGAGACCAAGGAGGAUAUCAAAGCUAAGAGUCCAGAUGAUGAGGAAGAUACCAGUACUUCAGGAUCCGCAGAGGACCACAAGGAGAAUGUGCCAGCCCCCCUCUCGCCGCAAAAAGCCUCGGUCGAAGAGGUCGCCGACGAGGGCGGAGCACAAGAGCCACAACCAGAGCGGGUUGGAAAGGAUGGAAAAUCUCCAGCCCGAGAACGCCAGCUGGAGCGUAUAGGGGAACAAAUCCGUGCUGCAGCAAAAGCUGUAGUCGCCAACAUCGAGCACGACCAUUACAACGGAUUGGCAGAUUCAGAACUCAGCAUGCAAACAGAGGAGGUCUGCGAACGGGAAGACACAGAGAUGACAUACGAUGGCACAGAGUUGAGCUACGGUGAUGGGACUCAAAUCACGUACGGCGAUGAAAGCGAAGCAAUCUACGAGACGGACAAUGACCACCAUGUGAACCACGAGGAAGAGAUAGACCCAACAUACGAACUAGAUCAUCAAUCUGAACAAGGGAACGGAGACUCCAGCGACCAUCACGACGAGGCUGAUGUCGAUAACGACGACGUAUUCAGUCAUUCUGACCGCAGCAAGCGAAGCAGCAUGAAUUCCGAAAUGCAUAGCUCAGAUGAUAACCAGAAGCUCCUGACUUCUCCAGUGGUUGGGGAAGAGGCCGGAUCCGCCAAAGAGAUGAAUGCUAUCUCCAGCGCACCUCCAUAUAUGUUACAAACGCCAGCAGACUCCACAACCCGAACCCCAAGCAAAGUCCUCGCGAGGCCCCCCUUCCGAACCCCCUCCUCAGUCCGUGCAAUGCAGAUGUCCUCUCCUACACAAUCGGCCUUCUCAGCCCCUCGCUCGUCCAAGAGACAUAUGCCAACUGUCUCUCGAAUCGGCACCCCCAAUUCUCAAUAUACUCCUUCCAAACGAACGCCUACUCGCUUCAAGGCGAAGAGAGAACCUCUCGUCCUGCUACAUGUCACUGUCCUCCCUCUUCAAUGGCAUUACUCAUACUUAAUGUCUUCUCUUGAAAUACCCACAGCAUUAAAAACCGUCAAAGAAAGCUGGAGACUCCUCCAAGAGAAACUAGGAGACACAGUCCUCGAACGUGGUAUUCUCCUUCCUCACCCGCAAGACUCUUACGAGAUACUUGAAGAGCGUCUCCUUGAAGCUCUUGAACUGCCAGUGCGCCCUCGUGCCAAAAUUCUACGAUGUGGACACUACAUGGGGCCAGGAGACUCCGAAGCGCCGAGCUCGGACGAAGAAGGUGGCGACGAUAAUUGGGGAGGGGAAGCAGGCGAGCAGAGAAAGUGGUGCGAUAUAUGCAUGCGAGAUGUGCGUCUCGAGACUGUCGGCGACGUUGGCAGAGGGGAACGUCGGUUCCGGGUGAAGAUAUAUGCAAGUAACGGACUGAUGAGGGCUGGUGCUUGGGCGGCCUGUUGGAAGGAGAUGGAGAGGGUAGAUGUGGAGCUUGAGCCGUUCAUUGAGACGCAUCAGCAUGCUGAGUUGGAGCAUCUGGCUCUUGUUGCGAAACCCAAGGCCGAGGAGCAGAAGGAGCUGGAUGAUGGAUUUGAGGAUGAGGAUAUAGUGGUGGAUCAUAUCCACGAUCAUGAAGCCGAGAAGCGACGGGAAGAAGAAGAUCGAAUGCGCGAGGAGGAAGCGCGAUUGCACGACGAAGAGACAAGACUCCAUGAGGAAGAGCAGAUGCGGAAGCAAUUGGCCCUGGAAGAAGAGCUGCGCCAGCGAAUGGUGGAAGAAGAGGAUCUGAUGAGGAAGAACAUGGAGGAGCAACGCAUGGAGGAGCAACGUAUGAAUGAGAUGUAUGGACAGGAGUGUCCAGCGCCAUCGGAGUCUCGACGCAGCUCCUCUAGAAUUGCCGUUCACGACGACUCGUCGCUCCCAGAGCUACUAUUGGCGGCUUUCCAAGUGGCAAUGCGGGAUUCGAAGAAUGUGGUUAUCUGUGUCCUGAGUGUCCUGAUAUUGCUGCUUUCACUCAAACCAACGAGCACACCUGAACGCACGCAUUCAUCGGCCGUCAUGGGUUCUGCUCCGAUGGUAGAACAGAUCACGAAAACGGUCUACCAUGAAGCGCCAGUGACAGUAAAGCCUGCCGCUACUAUUGAGCAAGUGGUGCAGGUGGAUCCGAAGCCAGUCGAGAAAGAGCCAUUGACGAAAACAAUCUUCAGAGAGUUUACUGUGACUGAGAUAAUUACCGCUGCUACAUCUGUCGCAUCUGAGAGUCCCUCUACAUCAUCGGAGCCGUGCGAGCCUGCUUCGAAAGCAGCAGGGCAAAGUGUUUCCUCUGUCAGGCCCGAGCUGGUGGAAGCGGAUCCCUCUGCUAAGGUUAUCGGACACCCUGUACCUAGCGCCGAACCCGAACCCGAGGCCGAGGCCGGCGAUAUCAUGAAGGGUACGUCUAUCCCUGAAGGAGAGGUACCCAUCUUAGUAGCCGAAGCAGCCCCUAUUCUACUUGAGGAACCGGCUGAGAAACUCCUCACACCUCUGGACCCAUCCCUCCCCCUGGACUCCAACCCAGACUCGGCUAUCCUCACAUCCGAGGCCGAACAAGACUCAAUUACAGAUUCCGACCCGACCGAAUGA